CCCGCUGAGAAGGGAAGCGCUUUGUAUCUGUAUCAAGCUCGCCGUGUCCCGCCCGGUGUAACUAGAGGCGAGUGAACUGAGCGGAGACUGGCUGCUGCUGUUUGCUGGUCACUGUGAUGCUCUGCUCAUUCCUGCCUUCACUCGCCUCCCAGAGCAACGGGUCCUUGCUCAGCCUUGGGGAGGGAGAGACUGGUGCCACUUUCGUCCCACUCUCUCUCGCUCUCUCUUUCAUUCUCAUCGCUCCGUUUAGAGAAGCUGCAAAGAGCGACGGACCUCACUUGGAUCAGACGCCCGCUGGAGCACCGAGCCCUGUCCGGAUAAGGAACCGGGAACGGACUGGAUCUCUCCCUCUCUAGCCCAGGACAAGGGGCGCUGGGGAAGUGAAGGCGGGGGAGAUCUACCACCAGCUUUUCUGCACCGCUCUUUAAGGCAGCAUUGAGCUGCCGGCUUGGGGCGAUAUUAACGCGUGAAAUUGGUGCGCUCCGUGCCCUCUCUCCUCCACUUCUCCCCGCGAGUUUGCCUCGGAUUUCCCUGGGAAUGGAGACGACUUUGUGUUGGAUUUCGCUUCUCGCUGGGUUCGCGCUGUCGCCCGUGGUCAGCGGGGAAUCCCCCGGGUCGGCAAACGAGACCACGGGGAGACUCAAUUCUCAUUCCCAGCAAAUGGAGCUGGUUCUCCCGACCGCAGCCUGGUCCAAGCAGAACGGGCUCUCUCACUGGGACAGCCGGACCACCGACAUCCCGGGCGGGCUACGGGACAUCAACACGUCGGCUGCCAAUGCCAGCAAUUUCCCCUCCUGUCACAAGGCGCUCGACAGUGGCCGCACCUUCAAGUACAUCAACGCGGCCAUCUCCUGUGUCAUCUUCGUGGUCGGGGUGAUCGGAAACGCCACUUUGUUAAGGAUCAUUUAUAAGAACAAGUGCAUGAGGAAUGGACCCAAUUUGUUGAUCGGGAGCCUGGCCCUGGGAGACUUGUUCUACAUCACGAUCGGCAUCCCCAUUAACGUCUAUAAGCUUCUGGCACCAAAUUGGCCUUUUGGGAUUGUUAUUUGCAAGCUCGUGCCUUUCUUACAGAAAGCAUCGGUGGGGAUCACAGUGCUGAACCUCUGCGCUCUGAGUGUGGACAGAUACAGAGCUGUUGUCUCCUGGAGCCGUGUUCAGGGGAUCGGAGUACCACUACUGACUGCAUUAGAGAUCAUCGGUAUUUGGGUUAUCUCCAUAAUUUUGGCUGUUCCUGAGGCCAUUGCCUUUGACUUACAACCGCUGACAUAUGGAAAAAUGACGCUCAAUGUAUGUCUAGUUCUUCCAACAACAUACUUAAAGGAGUUCUACAUCAGAGUGAAGGACUGGUGGAUGUUCGUGUUUUAUUUCUGCAUGCCUCUGGCCUGCACUGCUUUCUUCUACACUCUAAUGACCUGUGAGAUGCUGAAUAAGAGGAACAAGAGUUUACGGAUCGCUCUGAGCGAGCACUUCAAACGGCGUCGAGAAGUGGCCAAAACAGUUUUAUUUUUAGUUGUGAUUUUUGGUCUGUGCUGGUUCCCUCUCCAUCUUGGCAGAAUUUUAAAGAUGACUAUUUACCAUGAAGAUGACCCAAACAGAUGUGAAUUGCUUAACUUUUUGCUAGUAUUGAAUUUCAUUGGCAUCAAUCUGGCAACUCUGAAUUCAUGUAUAAACCCCAUCGCUCUCUACUUCGUGAGCAAGAAAUUUAAGAAUUGCUUCCAGUCCUGUCUGUGCUGCUGUUGCCAGAGUCGGGCUCUGAUGAAUGUGAUGCCCAUGAACGAUACUUCCAAACAUGCAAGCUUACAUUGGAAAAAACAGAAGCACAAUAACCGUAGCAGCCGAAAGAACAGAAUGAACUGCCUGAAAGGCGGUAGUUCUUGACGACAUCGAGAAAUGAGUAGAGCUCGCACCUUCCUCCAUGUCUCAGACGUUAUAACAUCCACUGUGGUGGAACAGAAGGCAGAAAGGAAAAUGAUUUGGACCCAUCGUCUCAGACUCGUUUUGGGCUCCCAAAAAACUUCUAUUGUCUGUUUCAAACUGUUUGUUUCUGCAUCACUAUUGAAUUAUUUUUGUUGUGAAUAUCAUCAGAAAAUAUUCAAAAGGUCAAGUAUACAAGUGGAAUAUUAUGUUCUAGAAGUGUCUUUGGGGACCACAAUAGGUUUACAUCCACCAAUGGAACACUAUUUAAACUGAAACUGAUGUUUCACAAUUUUUGUCACUUGGCUGUUACAUGCUCCCAUUCAAGAUGAAAAAUGUCUUCAUGCACAUGUUCUUUACAAAAAAAUCAGAGAAGUUGGAUCCAUUAACACCUGUUUUUCUUGUGGUAAAACCCAUAAAAAUGCCAUUUUAGCCGGGUUAAAUCUUGUCAGCAACUAUUUCCAAGUCAAAUUGUGCCCAUGUUACUGCUGCCACUUUGCAAAAUUCACUGGGCCGGGCUGGCAUUUUCCUGGAAUCAAUUGCACAUCUAGUGGCAUCAGAAAUUCCACAUGGAACAUGUCCUCCUGUACCGACAUAAACUGAGCUCUUGGGGAAUGGUCACAAGGAGAUUAGGAGCAUUGCAUAUUGCACGGAGAGAUGUCAAUUACAGGGUCUGUAUAUUUACAUUGAUGCCUUACACACAUCUACCAAGCUCAUAAUUUAUGAUCAAGGUACAAGACUAUUUGCUCCAUCACUAGCAAGACCAAGGAUUAAACACGUCUGAGCUGCCUAUUAUGAUCUCUGAUUAUUCUGCACUUGCAGUGAAACCAUUAGUGGCACAGUUCUCAUUUGGUGACCUGACUAUGACCUGGGGCUUGCCUUACAGCAUCUCCCUCCAGGAGAUCUCUAUCUCCUAUAUUUUCACUCAUGUCCAUACCACCUUUUAUGUUGCCAAACAUCAGCUGCCACAGAGAGAAUGCAAGGUCUGACUAUUUAAAAAUGCAGCAGUUUCAGCAGAUAUGUGUAAGCUGCCAUAACACCUUUCAAUUUUAUUUUACAUAUAUAUCUACAGGGGACCUACUCGGGCAUUAGAUGCACUACACAGCACAUUUGUCACACCAAAAAAAGGAAUAAAUCCAAUAUCUAGUCACUUGCAUUUUAACAUCUGGGAUCCUAAUAUUUUAUCCUGCAUAUAACAGGGACAGCAGGGAGGCAGAUUUGGCAACUCAUUUGAUUCAAUUCAAACGUUUACUCUAAGACGUAACACAUUUUUAAUAAAAAUAUUAUACUGUAGUUCACAAGAAAA